AUGGAUGAUUAUGUGUGUAGAAGAUUCCUUCUUGUAAGGAGCUGGUUUCCCGAUCAAUUGGUUAAUGGAAAGUAUCAGUUUAUUAGUGAUAAAUAUUUCAAAGAGUAUUGUAUUAACGAAACAUGUGCUAGUGAUCUCGAAAAAAUUAAUGCUGUAUGUUUAAUGUUACUUAAUCAAUUCUUUGGAAGUUCUACUUCGUUUAAGUAUCAUAAUAACAUUAAUAUUGUUGAAUACAUUAUGAUAUGGUUAAAUUAUAUGUUAAACCUAAAGGGAAAUAAUGAUAACCACAUCAGUGCUCUACAACAUUUUUAUACUACAUUUAUAAAUAAACAAGAAAAGUAUACAAAUUCUAUAAAUGGUGUUACGGAGUACAAAAAUUAUAAGGAUCUUAUAGAUCAAAAAAAAUAUUUUUGGGGUAUGGAUAGUAAUAUUAUAACUAAUUUUUAUGAAGCAUUUAAAUUAUUAUGUGAAAUGUAUACUAAUUUUGAUGAAAAAAGAUCAUGCUGCACAAACUGUUUGCAAAAUGCUAAUAAAUUUGUUAAUAAAUAUAAAGAAAUGAAUCAAAACUCUGUUAUUACUAGUAAUAAUUCAUAUGCUCAACUAUUGUCUACUUUAUUAAAUGAUUAUAAUAAUUUUAAAAAUUAUUGUACUAGUAAAGGUGAUAAAUGUAAAGUUUAUCCAGAACUUCCAACGAUAGAACAAAUGCAAGCUUCAGAACAAAGUUCUAUACAAAGUUCUAUGCAAAGUUCUACACAAACUUCAGAACAACGUUCUGGACAUAGUUCUGUAAAAACUUCUGCACAAACAUCUGAAGUUACAUCAUCAAGUUCGUCAAUAGGAAACAAAUUAUUUACAGUUUUAUCGAUAUUUGGUGCAAUAGCAUUUUUUUUAGGAAUUUCUUAUAAGUAUUCGUUAUUUGGACGUCGGAAACGAUCUCAAAAACAAUAUUUAAGAGAAAAAAUAAAAAAUAUAAAGAAGAGAAUGAAUCAUUAA